CCAAAUGUUAGUGGCAUUUUUUUAUGAUUACAGUUUUAUUCCCAGACAAAGAGUUUUAUCAAUAUAAUUGUAAGUGGGCUUAAUUACAAUGACAUCAUACCUAAAUAAUCCAGGUACUUUUUGAAAGAGUGUAAUGAUAAAGCCAGUGGAAAGCAGACUAGUCGGAGAUAUAUAGGUAUACCUGAGACUGGAUGUGGCAGCGUAUCUCUGUAGGAGCAGCUAACAAUAUUCCCCGCACUGUGAAAAACCAAAACUGAGCACUGAACAAAACAUGAAAAAGGAACAAAUAAAAAAGCAGCAGAGGCCAGGCUAACAUCAUGCCUAGAAUCAAGGAUGGGGACAGUUGUAAGGAUAUAGUCAAGUAGUCUAACGUGGGUUAAGGCUAGACAUAGGACUGUGGUCUGGUUAGUGGGAUUUUAAUUAGGGGUAGAGCUAUGGUCUCUGGUUAAUGUGGGAGAGUUGGACACAAGGCUGUGAUCUGGUGAAUAUCCUUAUGGUUAGUAUUGUUGUGGUUUGGUUAAUGUAGUUUUGGUUAGUAGGGCUGUCGGGUGGUUAGCUUGUGUGGUUAGGAUUAGUGGUUGGUUCGGGUUAGAGAUAUGACUUACUCCACAUCUUAACAUAUCCCUUUCUCAUUUUUGUUCACUUUUCACUUUCAGUCUUUAAAAGGCCCCAUCGUCCCUGCACCUGACAGCCAGGAACAUGGAAAACCCGGCGGUGGUCAUGGACAAUGGCUCCGGUCUAUGCAAGGCCGGCUUUGCUGGGGAGAACGCCCCACGCUUUUGUGUGCCCUCGCUCGUGGGCCGGCCCCGUCAGAGGGACACGAUGCUCGUCAGCCGUGGGCUUGACGACUCCGGCGGUAGCGGCGAUGGUGGCUUCUACAUAGGGCGACAGGCGCUGUGCCGGCGCGGCGUGCUGUCCCUCCGCUACCCAGUGGAGCGCGGCAUCGUGACGCGCUGGGACGACAUGGAGCGCGUGUGGGCCCACGCCUACGAGGCCGAGCUGCACGCGAGACCGCAGGACCAGCCUGUGCUCCUGACGGAGGCUCCUCUAAACCCCCUGGAGAACCGCGAGCAAGCGGUCCAGCUGCUGUUCGAGCGGUUCGGGGCACCGGCCGUCCACGUCGCCGUGCAGGCCGUGCUGUCGCUCUACGCCAGCGGCAUGGUGACGGGGCUGGCGGUCGGCGUGGGCGACGGGGUGACGCACGCCGUGCCUGUGUUUGAGGGUUACGGGCUCCCGCGCGCUGUGCUCCGCUCGGAUGUAGCCGGGCGAGACGUCACCGAUAACCUGGGCCGAAUUCUCGCCGAGAGGGGACACGCGUUUGUGAGCUCGGCCGAGUGGGAGAUCGUGGCCGACAUCAAAGAACAGGUGUGCUACGUGGCCGGGGACUACGAGAAGGAGCUUAGACGGAAGCCAGAGGAGCUGGCUGUCGACUACAAGCUGCCGGACGGUCAAGUCAUUACCCUUCACAACCAGCGCUUCCGGGCACCCGAGCUUCUCUUCUCGCCCACGAUCGUCGGUCUGGACACACCGGGAAUCCACCAGCUGGUCUGGAAAAGUGUCACCCGGAGCGACAUCGAUCUACGCAAGAGCCUCUACUCCAAUAUCCUGCUCUCUGGGGGAUCCAGCCUCUUCCCUGGGCUGGACGAGAGACUGUGGCAAGAGCUGGCAAAGUUAGCGCCACGCGGAGCCCCUGUCAGGAUCUUUGCGCCACCGGAGAGGAAGUACUCGGUGUGGAUUGGCGGCUCGAUCCUGGCAUCCCUCUCUACCUUCCAGCAGAUGUGGAUAACAGCGCUUGAGUACAAGGAGUUUGGGCCAUCGGUCGUUCACAGGCGCUGCCUUUGAACGAUGGUUGCCCCUCGAUCGUGCACGACUUUCUGUCGAGGCUGCGUCCAUGACCACUUCAUUUGUGUAUUAAAGAAAACGCAGGCCAGUGACAACCUGCGUUGAGAUAACCUAGGCUAAGAUAACCAGGUUGGGGGUUGCUGUUGAGGCUAUGGAGGGAUGUUAGCUGACUGCAGCGUGACUGUGACGCCGCUAGAGGGCGCUAUAGCAGUGCUCCUGAGAUCGACGCAGCCCUGGCUGGGUUUGCUCAUUAACUUAUGCUACAAGAGCUUUGGGCGUAAAAAGGAGAUUAAAGAACAUUCGGAGCGAUUAAAAAAGUGUGCUGCUUUAAUUAUUUGUAAAUAACUUUUCUUUAUAUGAAUGGAGCGGUCGCGCACUGUUGGAUCUCAGCAUGGCCAACAUCAGUGGCGAUCAAUAUGGGAAGCGGUACUUAGGCCUCCCUUUCAUCAACCCAAAAACGUGAGGUAUGGUCAAACAACCCCUAAUGCUGACAGGUUGAGGAAGCCUUCAUCCAGAAGUGGAUUAACACAUUUUUGUAAAUAUUGUUCACUCUAUAUCCUAUGAAUACCCACAUCGAUAUAUGCCCACAGCACGUACCCACAGUUGCACAAGAGCUCCCCUUAUUACUACACUGUAUUUCAUUAUAGUUGGCUUAAAGUACUUUAAUUUCAUUUUGGGCAAAGGUUAUAUUGUACAUGAACAAAGAUCACCCUUAUAUAAAGCCUUAACCGACUUUUAAGGGUAGUGCUGUUCUCGAGCACUUAUGAAGGCCGGCUCAGCACACGAGGGGGUGGGUGGCCAGCACCACGUCCGGCCGCCUUUGUCUCUCUAGUAGCGAUGUUUACACACCACACCAAGUACUCAUUUGAGGCCGAAUCGACCUAGGGGAGACCCAGGACCGGUUCAGAUCAUUGAUCCUGGUGUUGAUGGCCGUGAGUGGUAACCACUACACGACUGCUCCCUAGACACUUGUCCCUGUUUGUGCUUACUGUGAGUUAUGACUGGACUACGGGCACUGUUCAUUAAACCUGAACUAUUAAAUAAAACUCUGUCCUGUUGCUAAAGUCGAUCAUAUUCCUGGGUGGAAUGACAAUGACCAAACGUGUGACUCGUGUGGCAGCACGCAUUUACAUCGUAGGAGCGAGUGCCCCAAUGCAGCUGGAAUGUUCACGCUGUUCUAUUCCACGUGAUUAAUAACACCGCUCUGUAUUCCAGCACUUUUGCAAGGUUGAAAGCAUUGCUGAUCAACGAUCUCUCUCUCUCUGCAGCAAUGGGUCACGAUAACUCUCGUAAACAUGGUCCAAAUGUAUGAAAUAUAAGGUCGUGUUGCUGAGAGGUGUGUGUAUCGAUAGUUAAUGUGGCAUAGUAUUGAGUGAUUACUGUGCGGCGUUAUCUUGGUGUGCUGCUCUGGGACUGUUUUGCUGCCUUGCCCAAGCUUGAUCAAUCGGACUUAACAGUACAACUAAAACAUGUUUUAUUCAUAUUUAGUCACUUACGGUUCUCUCUAUUUUGCACUCCUAUUGUUUUUUUGUAUUGGUUUUUGUUGUAACCCGCUGACCCGCUCCUACUGGACAUCUGUGAAAAAGACCUUCAUAGCUCAUCGGAUUCCUCCUGCAGUCUAAAGAUUCUGAUUGUGCCCACCAUGGGCACCAUCACCACUAGCAAUGUACAACCACCAACACCACUACAGCCACCACAAAAACCAAAGAUCACCCGGUAGCCUUCAAAUCAAGAUUCUGAUUAAUGUGGUCAGCCUAUGUCCUCUAUCUCCAGGCGUUCCUCCUCUUGUCUCUCCAUGCCUCUUGUUGGCACCUGCCCCUCGCCUUGUGUUCAUCAACAACAGCUCAAUGUCACAGCCAGGUUGUACGCAUUCAUUAAAAAAACUAAAUACUUUAUUUUUUAUUACAAAUGUAAGGUUCCAACAUGUUAAAUUCAACGAGUAACGAAACAUUUUAACUGACGCAAAAUUCUAAAAUGUUAAGUUAAUUGUAAAUAGGUAAAUCAACACAUUAAAGUAUCAACGAGA